AUGGAUGUCUGGAUAUAUUACCAGAAUGCUCGUGGUUUGAGGACUAAAAUUGACGAUCUGUUUUUGGCAUCAUGCGACUGCGGCUUUGAUAUCAUCGUUUUAACGGAAACCGGCUUGAAUGACAGCAUCAAUUCCGAGCAACUGUCUGGGCCUGAAUUCAAUGUUUACCGGUGCGAUCGUAAUCUUUGCAACAGUUCCAAAUCUAGCUUCGGUGGAGUGCUUAUCGCAAUCGCAGCAAAACAUGUCAGCUAUUUCAUAGUGACGCUUAGUGGCUCAGCAAUUGAACAGGUGUGUGUUGCGGCAUCAAUCCGGGGAACGAAAAUUUCGAUGUGUGCCGUUUAUAUCCCGCCGGACCGUAGCCGUGAUGUUGCAGCCUUUGAUCAACAUGUUGCUUCAGUUCGCGAAAUUUGCGACAAGGUAUCACCUAACGAAGUUGUAUUAGUUUGUGGUGAUUACAAUCAACCACGUUUAUCCUGGGUGAGAAAUGACAAUGAGGUCGCUUGCUGUAGCACCAGCGUAUAUACUCCUGCUAGCUUAUCGCUUAUUGAUGGUAUGGAUUUUUUGAAUCUACGCCAGCAAAACCUCAUACAAAACCAUCUCGGUAGAAUACUCGACUUGGUGUUCACCAAUACAGCAUAUGAUUCUAUUAUGAUUAACGAAUCUUCUGCCCCGUUGCUUCGCGUUGAUUCUCAUCACCCCCCGUUAGUGAUAUCGGUUUCACUCCCUUUCCCGUCCGACAACGCUCCUACGAACAUCGACAGAAAUGUACCACGGCCUCUCAACUACAAGAAACUAGAUUUCGAUGAACUAUCCGAUUAUCUCUCAAACACAGACUGGAAUCUAGUCCUGAAUUCUGAUCGCGUAGAUAAUAUAGCCGAGAAGUUUUGCUCAUACAUUUGUCAGUGGCUAACAUUGAAUGUACCCAUUAGUCAGCGUCCCGUCUCACCCGCUUGGAGCAGUGCUGAUUUGCGAAGACUAAAACGAACGCGUAAUGCCUGUCAGCGCCGACUUCGGCAUCAUCGCACAAUGGAAUCAGUGAGUGCGUUUCGAUCUUCCAGUAAUGCUUAUCAAUCAGCUGCUUCCGAUGAAGAAGUAGAACGAGCAAUCGGAGAUGUGCCUACUGAUAUAGUGGAUUUAGACAUGUUCGAAAUCACUCAGUCUAUGGUUCUUGCUGCUACUAACAAACUGAAGAACACCUUCUCGCCUGGACCCGAUGUGUGGGGGUGCUUUUCUUGGUACGGGGUUGGCCUCCUGUACUGGGUGGAGAAGAUCAUGGAUCAGUACCUCUACGCCCAAACCCUAAGGGAUGUUAUGCUGCUACACACCGACUGGAAGAUGCCCCUGAAAUGGCAGUUCAUGCAAGAUAACGAUCCGAAGCACACCGACAAAACCGUCAAAAAGUGGUUCCAUGAUAACAAGGUCGACGUCAUGGAUGUCUACACCUGA